AUGGAGUCCGGCUGUAGCAGGAUCAUGGAGUCCGGCUGUAACAGGAUCAUGGAGUCCGGCUGUAACAUGGUCAUGGAGUCCGGCUGUAGCAGGAUCAUGGAGUCCGGCUGUAGCAGGGUCAUGGAGUCCGGCUGUAACAGGAUCAUGGAGUCCGGCUGUAGCAGGAUCAUGGAGUCCGGCUGUAGCAGGGUCAUGGAGUCCGGCUGUAACAGGGUCAUGGAGUCCGGCUGUAGCAGGAUCAUGGAGUCCGGCUGUAGCAGGGUCAUGGAGUCCGGCUGUAACAGGGUCAUGGAGUCCGGCUGUAGCAGGGUCAUAGAGUCCGGCUGUAACAGGGUCAUGGAGUCUCACUGUAGCAGGGUCAUGGAGUCCGGCUGUAGCAGGAUCAUGGAGUCCGGCUGUAGCAGGGUCAUGGAGUCCGGCUGUAACAGGGUCAUGGAGUCCGGCUGUAGCAGGGUCAUGGAGUCCGGCUGUAGCAGGGUCAUAGAGUCCGGCUGUAACAGGGUCAUGGAGUCUCACUGUAGCAGGGUCAUGGAGUCCGGCUGUAGCAGGAUCAUGGAGUCCGGCUGUAGCAGGGUCAUGGAGUCCGGCUGUAACAGGAUCAUGGAGUCUCACUGUAGCAGGGUCAUGGAGUCCGGCUGUAACAGGGUCAUGGAGUCUCACUGUAGCAGGGUCAUGGAGUCCGGCUGUAGCAGGGUCAUGGAGUCCGGCUGUAACAGGAUCAUGGAGUCUCACUGUAGCAGGGUCAUGGAGUCCGGCUGUAACAGGGUCAUGGAGUCUCACUGUAGCAGGGUCAUGGAGUCCGGCUGUAGCAGGAUCAUGGAGUCCGGCUGUAGCAGGGUCAUGGAGUCCGGCUGUAACAGGAUCAUGGAGUCUCACUGUAGCAGGGUCAUGGAGUCCGGCUGUAGCAGGAUCAUGGAGUCCGGCUGUAGCAGGAUCAUGGAGUCCGGCUGUAACAGGAUCAUGGAGUCUCACUGUAGCAGGGUCAUGGAGUCCGGCUGUAGCAGGAUCAUGGAGUCUCACUGUAGCAGGGUCAUGGAGUCCGGCUGUAGCAGGGUCAUGGAGUCCGGCUGUAACAGGAUCAUGGAGUCUCACUGUAGCAGGGUCAUGGAGUCCGGCUGUAACAGGGUCAUGGAGUCUCACUGUAGCAGGGUCAUGGAGUCCGGCUGUAGCAGGAUCAUGGAGUCCGGCUGUAGCAGGGUCAUGGAGUCCGGCUGUAACAGGGUCAUGGAGUCUCACUGUAGCAGGGUCAUGGAGUCCGGCUGUAGCAGGAUCAUGGAGUCCGGCUGUAGCAGGGUCAUGGAGUCCGGCUGUAACAGGAUCAUGGAGUCUCACUGUAGCAGGGUCAUGGAGUCCGGCUGUAGCAGGAUCAUGGAGUCCGGCUGUAGCAGGAUCAUGGAGUCCGGCUGUAGCAGGGUCAUGGAGUCCGGCUGUAACAGGGUCAUGGAGUCUCACUGUAGCAGGGUCAUGGAGUCCGGCUGUAGCGGGAUCAUGGAGUCCGGCUGUAACAGGGUCAUGGAGUCUCACUGUAGCAGGGUCAUGGAGUCCGGCUGUAGCGGGAUCAUGGAGUCUCACUGUAACAGGAUCAUGGAGUCCGGCUGUAGCAGGAUCAUGGAGUCCGGCUGUAACAGGGUCAUGGAGUCUCCUGACCACCUGACCACAAACAACAUGGUUGUGUCAGAAAUUUCUACCUUGUUAACGAAUCCUGCAACACAUACACUUACGCUCAGUGCCUUGUAG